CAAAGACAUUUAUGAACUAUAUUAGAGGUUCAAAAAGUAGCAAAAAUAUUUGUCACUUAUUUGUGACAAACAAAAGCAAAAGCAAAGCCAUAGCAAGAAUUCUUAAUUUGUAGGAGCAAAGGUUGAUGGAGAUUCGUGUUGAAAACGGGGAUUCGUCGUCCCACGGCAUUGUCGUGGACGAGAAUGCCCCUCUUCUGGAGCCGCAUGAAGCGGAUGAGAAGAGCCUCGUGCAGAGAGCCAUCAGCCAGACGUUCCAGAGUGUGGCCCACUUGGCCAACCGUCUACCGACCGGCACCGUCCUCGCUUUCCAGCUUUUGGGGCCCAUAUUCUCCAACGCAGGCCACUGCGACGCGGUCGGGCGGUCCCUGACCGCGUUGCUGGUGGCAGUGUGCGGCCUCUCGUGCUUCGUCCUCAGCUUCACCGACAGCUUCAAGGACCAGCACGGGAACGUCUGCUACGGGCUGGCGACGCCGCGCGGACUAUGGGUGAUCGACGGGUCGUCGGCGCUUCCGCCGGAACUUGCGGAGAAGUUUAGGGUGAAGUUCAUCGAUUUCAUGCACGCCGUCAUGUCGGUGUUGGUUUUCGCGGCGGUGGCGUUGUUUGACCAAAAUGUGGUCAACUGUUUCUACCCGACGCCGUCCGUGGAAGCCAAGGAGGUUCUCACGGCCGUGCCGGUCGGAAUCGGGGUGUUUUGCAGUAUGCUUUUUGUUGUGUUUCCUACCAAGCGCCAUGGCAUUGGUUUCCCCCUCACAGCAGAGAGUUGAUAAUUAAGUCAUCAUGUAUAUUUUGCUCAAGAUUGUUUUUAUUUCUACACUGAACACUAAAUAAAGACUAAUUAUGUAAGUUGAGGUUUAG